AUGUCCUGCUGUAAGAUGGAGGCCCCGUACCCGCAUGCAGAGUCGGAUGAGAAACGCAUCGUCUUUGCCCUCGACCCCAAGGGUGAUGAUGCGGAGCGGGAUCAGUACAGACUGCAGCUCAUCCCUGGCCGCGUGUUGGAGAUGUCGCGCAACGACGCCGCGAAUCAUCAGACACUCAGCGGCAGUAUUGAACAACACACCGUAGAGGGUUGGGGCGCCCCGUUCUUCCACGUGAAGCUAGCGAAGGAAGCCGCCGCCACGCUCAUGCAGGUCCACAGUGAGGACCACGUCGAGAAAUCUCGCAAGUUUGUCGCCCUGUCGAACACACCUCUGGUCCCGUACACAAGCCGCUAUCCGGUCGUAGUGUAUCUGCCCAAAGACGCGGAGCUGCGCUACAGCAUCUGGUGCGGAGGCGAGCAGAUGCAGGCGACCACGGAGUGA